GGAGCCCCCAGGGAGCACCGUGAGAGCCGGGGAGCACCGUGAGCUGUGGAGAACAUUGUGAGCUCCAGGGAACAUCGUGACUUCCAGGGAACACCGUGAGCUCCCGGGAGCACCGUCAGCCCCAGGGAGCACCGUGAGGAAUACUGGAACGCCGUGAGCCCAGGGGAACUCUGCAAGGCCCAGAGAACACCGUGUGUUCCAGGGAACACCCGUGAGCCCAGGGGAACGCUGUGAGCCCCGGGGCUACCAGCCAUGAGCCUGGAGCCCCCCAAGCUGGAGGUCAAAUCGGCCACGAGGGUGAGCGGGGGUCCCGCCACCCCCCGCAAGGGACCCCCCAAGUUCAAGCAGAGGCAGACGAGGCAGUUCAAGAGCAAACCCCCCAAAAAGGGGGUGCAGGGGUUUGGUGACGACAUCCCCGGCAUGGAGGGGUUGGGAACAGACAUCACUGUCAUCUGUCCCUGGGAAGCCUUCAGCCACCUGGAGCUGCACGAGCUGGCUCAGUACGGAAUCAUUUAGGAUUUGGGCAGGCUCACCAGCCCUGUAGUGCUGUGUAGAUCAAAGCCCCCCUACCCAUGCUGGGGACAGGGGGCUCAGCUUGGAAAAACGCUCAUUAAACCCUAACGAGUA